GCACCAGAUUUUCUUCUGUGACUAACACAUUUCUAACCGUCUACAGGAAUGAAGCUGUGCCUCUAUAUCGGAGUGGCAGUCUCUCUGUUGGUGACUGCUGUACUGGCGGGUCCAGUGGAGGACUAUCCUGUGGAAAUGGACUCUCAGGAUAUGACCAGUGAUGGACAGUCCGAGAUGGAUGAGGACUACAAUGCUUUCCUGGAGUCCUUUCCUCAGGGAGACUUUGAAUCACAGGGUGAUGUGCCAACUGCACAAGAUGAUAUUCCACAAGCAAUGGAUGAUGCAUUUCUCAUGGCAGAGCCAAGGCUACCACCAAAAUCAACAGCAGACCUGAAGCAUCAACUUUUGAAUCGUCCCAAACAGCAAGAGACUAGCAUUCAAUCUAGCUGCAAUGCUAAAAGGAUCAAACAUGGUGCAACUAUUGGACUUCAGUUUGUGGCAAACAUGGGCAAGUGGUUGGGCUGUAGUGCACCCACAUGCCGUGGCUUCAAUUGCCCCGGAAUGAUCUUCACAGGAGCUGAUUGGAACUACUGCUGGGGAGAAGUGUAUAAAAUAUACAGGCCCCUUGGUCCUGGUGACAUUCAGUCUGGAGAUUUCGUUGGUCUCUACUACGUUCGUACUGGACACUGGUUUUCACUUUAUGGGAACCGCGCCCACAUGGAUCGCUGCCCUGGAAGUCAGAACCAACGCACUGGGUUUGGUCAUCUCUACAAGUGGUUCCAUUGUGGCGGGGAAGUUUUCCGGAUAUAUGCCUAUGGAAAAAAGGAUGGAGCUCCUCUAGACGAGGAAGAUGAUAUUAUGCUCUACUACCCAUUAGGUCGCACCUUUGGUCGUUUCCCAAGUAAUGGAGCCAUUGGCGUAAGCACAUGUCCUCGUGGACAACUACCUCCCACCUGUGACAAAUUUGAUCGUUGCCCUGAGAACCUGAUAAAGGUCACAGUGAAAUAAGUAGCUUGAACAUUCUUUGAUCAUGGAUGCUAAUUAGCUAUAGCUAAGACUCUUGAGUUUAGAGGUGUGUUAAAUAAUCUAAUCUUCAUCAAUGAAAAAUGUGUGUUCAAUGCUUAGUUACAGGCGCUCAUCAAUAAAAGAUGGACACAA